AUGGACAUCAACAGAAACAACAUCGCCACCCCAUCAGCAAGGGGCUUUGGAGAUGCCCCCGGAGACGAAGAACCCGACGGCCUCAAUCUCUCCCUCUCGCUUGGAUCCCCACAAAACUGCAGGCCGCAACCAAAGCCCGAGCAGCUACCCCCCAAUUCGCCCGCAAUAAUAUUCCCGCCGCAUCCUCUGCAAACGCCUCUCACUAACCACUUCAUGAUGCCCGACGCUUCCCCGUCCUCCUGGCCACUUGCCAUCAACCCCCACCAGCAGCUGCUCUUCCAGAUGCCACCACCGCAACAUCUCCCGAAGCCAAUCCUGCCACAGCCUCAUAAAGAGGAGCCUCAACCCUCUACCGGAGCUGUCCAGUGGCCAAGGGCACAGCUGCAACAUGGACGAGUGGCUGGGGCGGGCGGGGCGCUGAGCAGGAGAGGAAAGGCCCAGACGAUCACCCCGCCCUUCCCUUGGGCUACGGACAGGAGGGCCAUGGUCCACUCGUACACGUACCUCAUGGCCAACGGCAUGAGGAAGAUCACCGGGGAGGUGCAGUGCAAGCAGUGUGACAAGAAGUACGAGAUGCAGUAUGACCUCAAGGAGAAGUUCGCCGAGUUGUGGGAAUACAUAGCCAAUAACAGGUGCUUCAUGCACAACAGAGCCCCCGAUCAGUGGCUGAACCCCGCCCUCCCCAACUGCCGCCACUGCGAGCAGUCCAACUGUGUGAGGCCCAUCCCCACCAAGAAGAAGGCCAUCAACUGGCUGUUCCUCCUCCUCGGGCAGCUCCUAGGCUGUUGCAAGCUCGCCGAGCUUAAGUACUUUUGCAAGCACACCAGCAACCACCGCACUGGCGCCAAGGAUCGGGUCCUCUACAGCACCUACAUGGGACUCUGCACGCAGCUUGAUUCCACGGGGCCCUUUCACAUGUAA